AUGGCGAGACAAAGCGUCCAGAACGCGCGGGGACCCUCGGACCCCGCUGGGUAUACCACAUCCUCUGCCUUCUUCGAGGCCUUGAUCGAGGCGGGCGUCAAGAACUGCUUCGUCAACCUCGGAUCCGACCACCCCAGCAUUCUCGAAGCUAUGAUUCAAGGACAGACGGAGUAUCCAGAUUCAUUCCCGCGGAUCAUCACAUGUCCUAAUGAAAUGGUCGCGCUGUCCAUGGCUGAUGGAUAUGCGCGGCAGACGAACGAGGCACAGUGCGUCAUCAUUCAUGUUGAUGUAGGGACCUCUGGCAUGGGAGCUGCCAUACACAAUGCCGCCAUAGGAAGAGCUCCAGUCCUCAUCUUUGCCGGUCUGUCUCCUUACACGAUCGAGGGCGAGAUGACGGGCUCUCGAACUGAGUACAUCCACUGGUUGCAAGACAUCCCGGACCAGAAGCAGAUCGUUUCCCAGUACUGCCGAUACGCUGGAGAGAUCAAGACCGGAAAGAACGUUAAGCAGAUGGUUCAUAGAGCUCUACAGUUUGCCACUAGCGACCCCAAGGGACCUGCAUAUCUCAUGGGGGCUCGCGAGGUCAUGGAGGAGGUGAUAGAGCCUUACCAAGUGAACCCCUUGCACUGGAAGCCUGUCAGACCAUCGGCUCUGCCCCAGAGAGAUGUGGCAGACCUUGCACUGAUGCUUGUGCAGGCGACGAACCCGUUGGUGGUCACUGGAUAUAGCGGGCGCAACCACGCUGCGGUCAAAGCGUUGGUCGAGCUUGCUGACGUGGUCAGGGGCCUGCGUGUCUUGGAUACGGGCGGUUGCGACAUGUGUUUUCCUUCCGAUCAUCCUGGCUGGCUGGGUAUGAAGUACGGCGUGCACGGCAGCAUCAAGACAGCCGAUGUUAUUUUCGUGGUCGAUUGCGACGUCCCGUGGGUCAACACCUUGUGCAAACCGAGCCCGGAGGCCCGGAUAGUCCACUUCGACGUGGAUCCUCUGAAGCAGUUGAUGCCCGUCUUCUACAUCAACGCCGAGACAAGGUACCGGGUGGACGCGGCAAUCGCCCUCGCGCAGCUAGUCGCCCGCAUCCGUGGAACCCCAGCAUUACUGACGAAGCUCUCCACAAUCGACAUUCAAAACCGAUGGUCGAACCUCGAAAGGUCGCACGCGCAGCUCAUCAAGUCACUCGACGCUCAAGCUGCACUGCCAGAUCCCUACCUCAUGAGCGGCGCGUACGUGUGCUCCACCAUCCGAAAGAUGGCACCCCCGAAUACCGUGUUCGCCAUUGAAGCCGUGACCAAUUCGGUGAUCGCCGCCGAGCAGAUACGCCCUACCAUCCCUGGGCAAUGGUUCAACUGUGGCGGUGGCGGUCUAGGCUGGAGCGGCGGUGGCGCGCUUGGAAUCAAGCUCGUUCUAGACGCCGUUUCGACAUAUGAUGUAGCUAGUCGCAGGAUGGUCGUGCAAAUUGUCGGGGACGGGAGCUUCCUGUUCUCCGUUCCUUCCAGUGUUUAUUGGAUUUCGCAGAGAUACGGCCUGCCCAUCUUGACGAUCGUGCUAAACAACAAAGGUUGGAACGCCCCUCGUAGGUCGAUGCUGCUGGUUCAUCCUGAUGGCCCGGCAUCCAGGGCUACUAACAAGGACCUGAAUAUCUCGUUCGAUCCCUCUCCGAGCUACUCGGAAAUCGCACGAGCCGCAAGUGACGGUGCCAUCUUCGCCGCAAGAGUCAGCAACGCUGGUGCGCUUCAAUCUGCUCUAAAGCAGGCCAUGGCUACCGUACAGAGCGGGACGUCGGCAGUACUAGAUGUCUUAGUUGGCUAG